AUGCAGGUGUCUAUCGCGUGUACCGAGCAGAGCCUUCGCAGCCGGAGCAGUGAGGACCGUCUGUGUGGACCCCGGCCAGGCCCCGGGGGCGGUAACGGCGGGCCGGUCGGCGGGGGACACGGGAAUCCUUCGGGGGGUGGUGGGUCGGGCCCCAAGGCCCGAGCCGCACUGGUCCCCUGACCCCCAGCGCCUGCUGGGGUCCUCCGAGAGAGCACCAGCCGAGGCACUGGCAUGAAAUACAGGAACCUAGGAAAAUCUGGUCUUCGGGUAUCCUGUCUUGGCCUGGGUACCUGGGUCACAUUUGGUUCUCAGAUCUCAGAUGAGACAGCAGAGGAUGUGCUGACAGUAGCCUAUGAGCAUGGUGUAAACCUGUUUGACACUGCUGAAGUAUACGCAGCAGGAAAGGCAGAAAGAACCCUAGGCAACAUCCUCAAGAGCAAAGGUUGGAGGAGAUCAAGCUAUGUCAUCACCACCAAGAUUUUUGGGGGAGGACAGGCAGACACUGAGCGAGGCUUGAGCCGCAAACACAUCAUUGAGGGCUUGCGGGGUUCCCUGGAAUGCCUCCAGCUGGGAUACGUGGACAUCAUCUUUGCCAAUCUCUCAGACCCCAACAGUCCUAUGGAAGAGAUUGUGCGAGCCAUGACCUACGUCAUCAACCAGGGCCUGGCCCUGUACUGGGGGACAUCCCGAUGGGGGGCUGCAGAAAUCAUGGAGGCCUACUCCAUGGCCAGACAAUUCAAUCUGAUUCCUCCAGUGUGUGAACAAGCUGAACACCACCUGUUUCAGAGGAAGAAGGUGGAGAUGCAGCUGCCAGAGCUCUACCCUAAGAUCGGUGUUGGCUCAGUUACCUGGUCCCCUGUGGCCUGUGGUCUCAUUACCAGCAAGUAUAAUGGGCAAGUCCCAGAUACCUGCAGGGCCACCAUCAAGGGCUACCGGUGGCUCAAGGACAAAGUGCAGAGUGAGGAUGGCAAGAAGCAACAAGCCAAAGUCACGGACCUUCUCCCCAUCGCUCACCAGCUGGGCUGCACUGUUGCCCAGCUUGCUAUUGCGUGGUGUCUCCGCAGUGACGGUGUCAGCUCGGUCCUGCUGGGCGUGUGGAGUGCAGAGCAGUUGAUAGAACACCUGGGGGCUCUACAGGUGCUGAGCCUGCUGACCCCACACACGGUGAUGGAGAUAGACGGGCUCCUGGGGAACAAAUCGCAUCCUAAGAAAUAGUCCGUUGGAGGCGCACAGACCCAACCUAGAGCCGCUGCAGCCUCCCGGGAACCGCUUCCCCACAGCCACCUCCCUCCCGCUCCGGGUCCCUGAACGCAGCGGCCAGAGCCAGGGUGGCCCCGCCCACUAACGAGUUCCGGCUUCGAGUAGCUAUACGCAUGAACAAAGCCGUAUCCUUCCGCAGAGGGCCUUGUGAGAGAAAGCAGUCCUCCCGCCUUCUACCUACGUCCUUCUAGGCCUUCCUGCUAAUCCCUGGCAUGAGCUACGGGCCCUCCCCUCUCUGCCACUUGGUCUCGCUCCCUUCUGUCUUCCCCCUAUUGCCGAGACCCAGAAAAACAACCUGGCAGUUAAGAAGAAAUAGGCAGAGUAACUCAAAAGUGGCCCUUGAAAUGUCAUCAAAGGGUAAUAACCUAACAGGAAGUGAAUUGUGAUGUCAUCUGGACAUAGGAAAUGGGGCUUUACCGUUAUUCGGUACAAAGGAAGCCAGGCUGGUCCUGGCAGGAAGUAAACGAUAAUCUUUGGGAAACCAGGAGCCUGCCUCCCAGCCCGGAGGUAGAGGACGGCUUAAAACUAGAAUUAGUGUAAUACUUUUUUCAUGCUGAGAUGGGGGUAAACGUGUGGAAUACAGUGACACAGCACUGACAAAGGUAACAGGAAAUUUGAUAGCAGAUGUAUAGUAUGCUCUGGCAAAAGUGGCCAGGGUGGCCCUUGGAAAACAAAGUUGGGCCGUGCUUUGCAGGAAUUAGUGACAGUUUUUAAGUCAUAGCAGAGACAAAGGGCUGACAUUAAAGGGUCUGAGGACAGACUUUUGAGCCUUGAGCAGAACUUUCUACCUGGCAGUGGAGGAUUGCAGUUUUCCUCCUUGCAAUAAUCCUAAAGCAAUAAUGAUGGUCCUCUUCUGUAAGACUUCCCAGGGAACUAUAAAUAAAAUCUUAACUUGA